AUGGCUGUUACCGACCAGACAACCUCGAGUCGAUCCUAUAGUCUCUUCUUGGAUGCGGGUCCUCUGGAGAACGACCCGGUCAGCACCGUGGUGUCGGAAGCUAGAAUGCUAUAUCCGUCGUUACGUACCGAUUUAAUUGUAUCUCUAGGCACUGGAAUAGUCCUAGACGCUAAUUCGAAGCGAGACACUCAUAAUAUCAAGCCCUAUAAAGCUCCCUUCCGAAUCCAGGAUCUGGUUUAG